AUGCCGUCAGCAGACCCAGUACAGACCUUCAAGCGCAUCGGCGUGGUCGGGGCCGGUAACAUGGGCUCGAUGAUGACCUUCGCCUUCUCCGAGCUCGGACUCGACGUGUCAGUAUGGGACGUGGAGAAAAAGAACAUCGACCAGAUCCUCGACUGGGCGAAGAAAUCGAAAAACGCCAAGGGCAAAGUCGAGGGAUUCUACAACAUCGACGAGUUCACAAAGAGCCUGGAAGGCAAGUCGCAACGCAAACUAUUUAUUUUCUCCAUAACGCACGGCCAUCCGGCCGAUUCGGUGCUCAGCAUGAUCAAACAUGACUUGAAAAAGGGCGAUAUCAUCCUCGAUGGCGGUAAUGAGAACUAUCGCCGCACUGAGCGCCGACAGAAGGAGUGUGAUGCUAUCGGGGUCAGCUGGAUCGGCAUGGGUGUUUCUGGUGGAUAUCAGUCUGCGCGUCAUGGGCCCAGUCUGUCUCCCGGUGGAGAUGCUAAAGCCCUGGAACUGGUCAUGCCUCUGCUGGAACAAUACUCGGCCAAGGACCGCAAAACGGGAACGCCAUGUGUGACGCGGAUUGGGCCAGCAGGAUCAGGACAUUUCGUCAAGAUGGUGCACAAUGGCAUCGAGGGUGGGAUGCUGUCUACUCUCUCCGAGGCAUGGUCCUACAUGCACCACGGCUUAGGGAUGGACUAUGACAAGAUCGGCAAUAUCUUCACUAAAUGGAACGAGUCUGGGGAGCUGCGGAACAACUACCUCGUCCAAAUCGGCGCCGAUAUCCUGAGGACGAAGAGGACUCCCAAGGGCGACUACAAGGGCGAGGGAGCCAGCCGAGACAAUGGGUGGGUGCUGGAUGAUGUUCUCGACAAAGUGGUUCAGGACGACGACGGCACAGAGGGUACCCCCUUCUGGUCCCUGAUGGAUUCGGCCGCGCGACACGUUUCCUGUCCGACGCUAGCCACGGCCCAUUAUAUGCGCAUCGCGAGUGGUAACCGGGACGAGAGACUGCGCGCAUCGAAGAAACUGCACAUGCCGAGCCCCAAGCCAAUUGAAAACACUCAAGACCACAACAAGCUCCUGGAAAAUCUGCGUCGCGCUGUCUACUGCUCAUUCUUAGCUUCUUUCUGCCAGGGCCUGGAGUUAAUCGCCCGCGCCUCGGAAGACGAAGGCUGGGACAUCGACUUGGGGCGGUGCCUACAAAUCUGGCGUGCUGGGUGUAUCAUCCAGUCCGAGUACAUUGCCGACCUGCUGCAGCCAGCACUGACCUCAAACAAGCGGCUCACAAAUAUGAAGUUUGUGGAUGAGGUUGCGCGUGAGCUGCAUAACAACUUCGAGGCGCUCAAGGAGACGGUCAUUGAGGGGACCAUGUCCGACCAGUACAUGCCGGCUAUCUCGUCUAGUUUGGAGUACCUCAAGUAUGAGGGCGGUACUGUUCUCCCGACCAAGUUUAUGGAAGCGCAGAUGGACUACUUUGGUGCUCAUGCAUAUAACAAACCGGGCAUUCCUGGCGAAGACCCUGGUCCCGUGAAGAAGGGGCCUCAUCAUUAUGAGUGGAAGCCGGCCUAG